CUCCUUGUAUCAAAAAAGCUAAGCACAAAAAUGUACUUCUUUCUUCUUGUCUUACUGUACUUUGCUCGGGGAUUAAACCCAGUAGAUUCGUUCUCCCUCACAUUUGAAACCAACAAUACCAAUCACAGUAUUAUAAUGGCUAAUAACAUUACAGUUCUCCCAGAAUGUUAGAGCAAAUGCGGAAAACUGACCAUACCAUAUCCAUUUGGCAUCAACUCAAGGUGUUCAAUAAACCCCACCUUUGUUGUUACAUGCAACGAUACUGAAGAUCCUCCCAAGGCGUUCUUGAUGGGUGGCAACGUUCAAGUUGUAGACAUAUCCAACACCCAGUUGCGAAUCACUAAUAGUGUGGCUUACAGUUGCUAUAGUCCAUUGGGCGAGGUAACUUCUACCAAGAAUUCUUCUAUCGAAUUGGGAGCUACUUCCUACAUGUAUUCUGAUGAUAACGUAUUCACUGUUAUUGGUUGUGACGACUUUGGCAAUGUGCUGAAUAAUGAUUAUAGCAGCUUGCCUAAAGGAUGCAGUACCACAUGUGAAAACAUUGAUGAAGUCCGUGAAGACGGGCCUUGUUCAGGCAGUGGCUGUUGUCAAGUAAACAUCAACCUUCUCAAGAAAUUCAAAAUCGUCCUUAAAUCCUUUAAUAACCAUAAAAGCGUAUCAUUAUUCAGUGAUUGCGGCUAUGCAUUUUUAGGCGAGAAGAACUUCAAAUUCAAGGGUAAAUCAGAUCUGAAUGAUUCAGGUUUCUGGAACAGGACUAUGGAGACUGUUCCUAUAGUAUUGGAUUGGGUUAUUGGGAACAGAAAUUGCACUGAAGCAGCUCAGUACAAAAAUUCUUCUGUUUGCUACCAAAAUAGCAAGUGCGUUGACGGAUUUGGAACUCGGUACAGAGGAUAUAGAGGAUAUCGUUGCAACUGCAAUAAAGGUUACCAGGGCAAUCCAUAUCUCAGUCCUGGAUGCCAAGAUAUCAAUGAAUGUGAACAAAAGCAUGAUUGCCAACAACUUUGCAUCAAUACCGAUGGGAAUUAUAUUUGCUCCUGCCGAAGCGGAUACCAUAUUGACGAUUCUAAUCAUAAAAAUUGCAUUGCUGAAAGCUCCAAGCCACUGGUGACCCAGAAAAGCUCCAGGUCCCAAGUAGUCCGGUUUGCAUUAGCUAUCGGGUUUUGUUGCCUUUUGGUAAUUAUUGGAAUGAAUUGGGUGUACUGCAUCAUAAGGCAAAGAAAACAUUCCCAAUUAAGAGAGAAAUUCUUUGAGCAAAACGGGGGUCUCCUCUUAAGACAACAAAGUACGUCUGAGAGUGGGAGUGUUGAGUCUACAAAACAUUUUACUUAUGAAGAACUGAAGAAAGCAACCAACAACUAUGCUGCUGAUAGAAUAGUUGGCGAAGGUGGUUAUGGUAUAGUUUACAAAGGAAUUUUACCUGAUCAGCGUGUAGUGGCAGUCAAAAGAUCUAGAGUAUUGGAUACGAGUCAAAUAGAUCAAUUUAUUAACGAGGUAGUGAUUCUUGCACAGGUUAACCAUAGAAAUGUGGUCAAACUUCUAGGAUGUUGUUUAGAAUGUGAGGUACCGUUGUUGGUAUAUGAGUUUAUAUCCAAUGGUACUCUGUUCCAUCAUGUCCACAGUAUUGCUGGAGGCUUGCCAUGGUUAUCUUUGGACAAUCGGUUGAGAAUUGCUGCUGAAUCUUCCGGUGCUCUAGCAUAUCUUCACUCGGCAGCUUCUAUGCCCAUCAUGCAUAGAGAUGUAAAGCUAGCUAACAUAUUACUGGAUGACAAUUAUGUUUCAAAAAUAUCAGAUUUCGGAGCAUCCAGGUUGGUGCCCAUGGAUCAAACUAAAGUGAUUACAUUAGUCCAAGGAACUUUAGGCUACUUGGAUCCUGAAUACUUCCAUACAGGUGAACUUACCGACAAAAGUGACGUUUAUAGUUUUGGAGUGGUCCUUGCAGAGCUCUUAACCGGUAGAAAACCAAUUUGCAUGGAAAAUUCUGUGGAAGAAAAAAAUUUAGCCACAUAUUUCAUUACCUCCCUCAAAGAAAACAGAUUAUUCCAGGUUCUAGAUCGUCGAGUAGUGAGGGAAGGAACGUUGGAUCAACUUCAUAAUGCUGCUCAACUGGUGAAGAGGUGUCUUAACCUUAAUGGCGAGGAAAGACCAACAAUGAAGGAAGUGACGAUGGAAAUAGAAAAUCUGAGGAAACUUUCUAAGCAUCCGUGGACGCAAGGAAAUGAAGACACUGAGGUCUUAAUAGGUCAGACAGAUUUUCAACAUUCAGAUCUUUACGAAAUUCAACCAAGUUCUUACCAUAAUGUUGUCAAUGACUCCGACCAAUAUAGCUCAAGUACUAUUAGCUUGUUGCAUCCUCCAACCAGCCCUCGCUGAAAUAUGGCACGUUUUGUUAUUUGUGUGAUACACAUGAUAGGUACACUAUGUAAUUAAGCUGUGCAUCUAAUAUAUGAAUGUCUUAUGGCGUAUAAUUUUCAUUUUAAUUAAGUUGUCGAUCAAAUACUGAUGUGUGUACUUGGCUUGCAUCUGUAUGCA